AUGGACUCCGAAGCGAGGGCGAGGGCCAAUGUGCCCCGCAAGAGACCGAAGCAGACCAUCAAUGGCAUGGACUCUUACCACCGCUACGUCGCCGAGUCCAGCACAAUGAAAGGCGACGACGACGUCACCACCAGGCCGUUUACCGGUAACUCGAGAUCAUUUAGCACGCCUCGGCCUUCCACCGUUGAUCAUUCUUCUAAUCCAGGGAGCAAGGACGGCGAUGUAGAGGAGGCAGAUAUUGCGACGCAGACGGUGGCGGUGCCGGAGAUCACAGUGACCAGCCCUAGUAAACCACCGACGCCGGGCCCGAGGUAUUCUUUAACGCCAAAGCAGUCGACUUUUCCGCCUACCGCAAGGCUGGCUGUGCCUCCUAUGAGGCCGAUCCCCCAGGGUCAGGUGUUGGAAUCUUUGCAGCCUUCGCAGCCGAUCCGGCAGAUGCUGCAGCCUACGCUGAGGAUCACGGCUCCGCCUGCUGAUUAUGAGGACUUGAAGAAGCGCGACGGGCUGCUUGAUGUCCCGCUUCCGUAUCGCCCGUUUUACCUGCAGCGGAGGGUACUAAGUUCGUUUGCAUUCCUGUUCGCGGGUCUCCUUAUUACCGUGGAAGCUGUACUAGAUCUGUCCAACAAACGAGGCGGCCUCGGCUCGCCGGACCACGGGUUCAGAUAUCUCUGGCAGUACGGCUCAGCGUUCAUCUUUACGUGCAUCGCUGCGCUCUGGGCUCGGCCAGAGCACCAGGCCAAGGCCAACGCGCCGUGGAUCCGCAUGGCACAGGGCCCCGCGAGCGUCGACCGGACGCUGAUGCUGGACUACGUCUUCAUGUUUGAGCCAUGGGCCGUUGCAAAGGCGGUCAAGAACCGAGACUGGCUUGUUGCCGCGGCUGCAUCCGUGGGUUUGACUUUGAAGGUUAUCAUCGUCAUCGCCGUCGCCCUCGUCAGCCCAACCUUUCAGAUUGUCACGGCGAGGGGGGCGAGUUUUAAUCUGCAGAACGCGUUUGUCGAUGAUCCCAACGGCCUACGUGCUGCGGGUGCGUUGCCGUUUUUCACAAUGGUCGGGCUGCAGACUAAGGGGUUGAAUUUUCCCGACGGCACGUCAAAGGAGUUUGCGUUCCAGUCCUUCUCGGCUGAUUUUCCAACGGCCGAGUUGCGGGCUGAAGUCCAAGGAUUCCAGUCGGAUAUCGAAUGCGAACCCGCGUUGCUGAAUCUCACUGGUAUUCAAUUCAUUCAGGCCUCGGACACCCAGCUUAACGUCACCGUCUCUACAUCGACGUGCUUGAUUACUUUGGAGGUACCCAAUAUGGCCCUCGUCGGCUUCACCCUUCCCACCUUUUUCAUGGCCUUCCAACCGGGUUCGUGCGGGGGUUCAUCUGCUCCUGGCGACGUCCGCGUGGUCGCCAUGGCUGGCGCCAUUACAAUCGACAGCUCAACGGUCCCGACAAACAGCGAUACUUUGAACGUGCCGAUCGGGGGCAGAGUCACCCGCUCCGCGGCCCUCAUCUGCCGGCCAAAUUACUCCCUGACCACGGUCCGCGUUGUGAAGAACAACACGCAGCUCAUGGAAAUCCGCCGACCCCGAUCCGCGACGAACCGCACCCUCAGCCUGGUCAAUGCGGCGGAUAUCGUACAGGGCCACUUCGACUCGUAUCCGACAGACUCGCAGAUCCUCGCCGCCAUGCCCAACGUCAACAGCCGCUACCCCGGCAUCGCAGUCGUCGCGUCCGACGCCGCCAUGAACUCGGCAAUCGCCAUGGAGGUCAAGGACAACGGUGUUCCGCCGAUUGACAGCCUGCUUCAGACGGAUAAUCUCACACGCAUAUCGACGAGAUACUGGCGCCAGUACACGGCUCUACUCGCGCGGAACUCGUUGAUGGCAGAGACGGUGCCGCCGCCAAGGACGACUGGUACCGCCGUCAUUAUCGGCGAGCGCCUCAAUGUCCGGCCCAUCCCGGCACAUCUCCUUUCUGGUCUCCUUGGGUUCUCCCUGGUGCUCACACUUGUUGCGGUUGUGUUCGCCCCGAAGAAGGGGUUCUUGCCACGGGAUCCUAAUACUAUCAUUAACAUGGCCACUCUCCUCGCCCACAGCAGGCAAUUACUACAGUGCCUACGCGGUACAGGUGCUGCGGCCACGUCGACGGUAAGGGAGAGAUUGCUGGGCACCAACUAUUACACCGGCGUGGAACCUUACGAAAAGGCAUCCAAAGGGCUGGGCUACUUUAAGAUAUUCGGCGGCAACCCUCCCCCGCAAGAUAUCCCACCCAACUUCGUCAAGACGUCAAACUGGGACCAUCCGCUGCCUCUUCAUCCCAUUGCCAGGUUAACUGCGGUGUUCACCAUGAUGGCCAUGAUUAUCUCACUUGAGGUCGUGCUGCGGGUAUCGGAGUCGAGGCAGGGCAUUACAACCGUGACCGCGAACACGGAUCGGCAUUUCCUAUGGACGACGGGGCCGGGAGUGUUGUUUGGGAUCGUGGCGUUGUAUCUCGCCUCCGCGGACUGCGCGACGAGGUGUCUUGCGCCGUACACGAAGCUGAAGUACAGCGGAUCGUUCGAGACGACCGUCGGACUGGACUUUAUGGACAAGUCCAGGCCCAGAAUCAUCUACGACGCCGUCAAAACUCAGAACAUUGCAGUCGUCGUCACGACCUCCGCGGUCAUCGUGGCGUCGUUGCUUGCGACAUUCUCCGGGGCGUUGUACACCACGGUUCCUAUCCCGUCCACGAGGCCGGUGACUCUCCAAACAGUCGACACGUUCGUCAAUACCUCCUCGCCGUGUCCGACAUGCACGACGGACACCCUCCUGGCGUCUCUCAUCCUCGACGCGAAUCUCACUUUCCCGUCGUUCACGUUUGAAGACCUCAACUUCAACGCCCUGCAACUCUCAGCCCCGCUGUCGAUGGUCGACGGCGCCGGCACUAUCCUCGUCACUCUGCCGGCGCUCCGCUCGCGUCUCGACUGCAGGCUCUACCCGCAGUCCGAAAUCAACACAAACUUCACCAUCCCCGACGUGCCCAACCAGUUCUCGCGGGAAAUGCAGGUCAACAUCGCCGGCGAACCGUGCGUCGACCCUUCUCUCCGCUCCAACGCCGUCCUCCCACCGGGAACCACCCCGUCAGGCGUCUUUGGUAUCGCGACCCCGCGGUCCCCCACCUCGUCGCAGUGCUCGGAUUUCACCUACGUCUGGGGCCAGCUUGCGGAUACCACCCCGGCGCAGGUGGGUUAUAUCUCGGCCAUGGGCUGCAACGAGACGCUGGAGACGGUGACCACCACCGUCCGUCUCACCGGCGCAUCACUCCACAUCGACCCGACGUACCCGCCCAGGGUACAAGAAGCCACCGCGCAACCCCUGAGGCUGAACCUGCUCCCGCUACAGUACGGUCUACUCGCGAACCUGACGACGGGGAACCAGCUGGACCCCUUCUUCAGCUCGCUCGUCACGUCGCGGUUCGCCAUUCCCGCGGGUAACCUCGGCGACCCCGGGCUAGAGAAGAGCGGGAGGGUGGCCGAUGCCAUUGUCCGGCAGCACCGUAUCGUCCGCGCGCAGAACAUUAACGUGAACUCCCGGAGGCGACUCCCUGAUAUUCGCCCGGAGGACGUCGUCCCCGGUAUGUUGGAGGAUACUUCUGUGACUAGCCUGCGGCGACUGGUGCAGGACAACGCGUCGACGAGGAUCAUCCAGUCUAUUCUCGCACUGCUCCUUGCGCUGACUCUCCUCGCGUGGUUGCUCACGCCCGGGACGGAUGCCGUUUUGCCUCGGAACCCGUGCAGCAUCGCCUCCGUGGCGGCGCUGCUUGCCGACGGAAACGUUUUUGGCUUCCUUGGUCGCGGCGCCGAGUGGAUGGCCACGGAGGAGAUUGAGCGGAGUUUCCUGGACGGGAGCCGUGCGAUGGGGUUCAAGAUGAGUUGGGAGCGCGUGAAGCGGCGCAGGGUGGAAUUGGAGGAGCGGGAGGAGCAGCAGCAGGACAAGGCGUUUGGGAUCAGUGUGAAGCGCGCUGGCGGCUGGGGCGGCGGCGAGGACGUCGGGUUGGGGAUUCUGGCGAGGGUGAAUCGUGCGCAGAGAGGGUUUGUCAGGGGUUGGGGACGGAUGUCUACGUGA